CUCAUUUAACUAAUGAGCGACUAUCAGUGAUUCAGUGUCAUCCUAACAAAUUACUUUUUUUCAGACAUACGUAUGAGAAAAGUUACCCGAGCAUUAAUCACGUUGGAACAGUUUCAUUUUAAUCAAAUUUAAUCUUAUAAAAUGAGGUUCAAUCAAAAGUAAUUAUGCACACUUCAAUCCAAACAUACCCUGAUUUAGCUUAAGUUGGAUAAUGGAAUAUCUAAAGCUCCUUUUGACCAAGAAUAUCUUAAACUUGUAUGACUAGAUAUAGUAAGAAUUAUAAACUAGGAUUAGGAAUAUGUGCUUGAAUUUGUUUGUUCAAUAAAACAAAGUUUGAUAAUUAAGCACUCAAGUUUGGCACCCUAGUAUCAUGUGAUUUUUCUUGUAUUUUAAAAAAGGAGAAUGCUAACAUAUGUUAAGGAACUCAUUAUAGAAAUAUCCGCCUUAAAAUUAGUGCAUCCAACUUUUUAAAAGUAUAAUUUUACUUUUUUCAAUUCAAAUUUUCUACUUUUGGCUAGCAAGACCCUUAAAAAGGUUACUAGAUUCCUGUCUUUGAAGAUUCACCAUUCAUUUCCAACGUGUAGUCUAGCAAAAAUGACUGCUUCACAAUGUAUAUGUUUCAUUUUAUUACAGUUUAGCACAGACCUUCCAGACAGGAGUUCAUAUUUGCGGAAGAGGUCAAGGUCAAGUUCAUCAUCAUGGGAAAGUUACGUUGCAAGGCCUCUAGAUGAAAUCAAAGAAGCUACAAAACAAGAAAGAAUUCGUGCUUACGAGGCUGCAGAGGCACUCCAAAUCAAUUUGCAGUCUUCGAAGCCAUCAUUUAUCAAGUCAAUGCUCCGGUCUCAUGUUUAUAGUUGUUUUUGGUUGGGUCUUCCUAGUAGAUUUUGUGAGGAACACCUUCCAAAAACGGUGUAUAACAUGACUUUAGAGGAUGAAGAUGGCUCAGAGUAUGAUGCUGUUUAUAUUGGUAGUAGAACUGGGCUCAGUGGUGGCUGGAGAGCAUUUGCAUUGGAACAUAAAUUGGAUGAUGGCGAUGCACUUGUUUUUGAAUUGGUUGAACCAGCAAGAUUUAAGAUUUAUAUUGUUAGAGCAUUUCCAAAUAUAGAUGAAGAGGAAGUAGAAGAAAACGAUACUCUGGUGAAAGAAGAAAAUAUGAACACAUCCAAAGCAACAAAAGUAUCCAAGGCUGCCUCUAAUUGUGGAUCAAAAUCAAAGAAAACUAAAAAGCAAAAACAUGUCAUUGAAAUGAAGGAAUCAGAUAGUUCUGAAGAAAGCAUGCCAGAAAUUAACAUUGACAAAGAAUCCAAACCACAGUGGCUAAAUCUGAGUAGGAAAACUAGAUCUUUUCGGAAAGAAGUGCAAAAGAAGCCUAAAUCGCCUACUACUCCUGAUUCUGAGUCAAAUGAGGAAGCAAAAAUGUAA